UUGGCUGUAUAUAGGUUGUACUAAAAAUAUAUCUUAUAUUUUUAGAAUUUGUCCAGAUCCUGAUAUAAAUUUUUUUCUAUACACGCCAGACCACGAAACUAUGCCAAUGCAAGUGUCGGUCGGUUCAAAAUGGACUAAUUUAACUGAAACCGACUUUAAACCACACAAUCCAACAAAAAUAAUAAUUCAUGGUUACAAUUCAGAUAUGGAUUUGCCAGCAUUAGUGGAAAUAAGAAAAGAGUAUUUAAAAACUACUAAAUAUAACAUAUUUACUGUUGAUUGGGCUCCACUCGCAAAAUCUCCAUGCUAUCUAGGAGCAGUUCAUAAUGCUAGACAUGUAGGAUCCUGCACUGCACAGCUAAUACGACAAAUUAGAAAUGCUGGUGCAAAAGAAAUUCACCUCAUUGGUUUUAGUUUAGGGGCUCACAUUCCAAAUUACAUUGCAAUAUCUUUACGUCCAUAUAUUCUUCCAAGGAUUACUGGAUUGGACCCUGCACUCCCAUUAUUUGUAACUUUAAAUAUAGAUGAAAAAUUGGAUAAAUCAGAUGCAAAAUUUGUUGAUGUUUACCAUACAAAUGCUUUUGCACAAGGAAAGGCGGAAAAUAGUGGUCAUGUGGAUUUUUUUCUUAACGGUGGUGUGGUUCAACCUGGAUGCUGGGCUGAAAACAGAUUUUUUUCCUGUAAUCAUCACCGUGCUCCACUGUAUUUUGCUGAAUCUAUUAAUACCAAAAAGGGUUUUUGGGGAUGGCCAUGUACAUCAUUUAUAUUAUACCUUUUGGGACGCUGUCCUCCUACUGAAACCCAAAUAUUAAUGGGGGAAAACGUCAGUUGGAAAAGUUCUGGUAUGUAUUUAGUACUCACAGAAUCUGUAUCUCCAUUUGCGGUUGGCAAAUAUGUAGGACCACUAGUGGAAAUUUUAAAGAAAAUUUCAGAGAAAGAUCGCAAAGAGCUUCUUAACAAAUAUCAAAAAAAAAUUAUAGAAUUUAUAGAAGAUGAUGAAUUAACUCAGGAGUCUUCUAAACAUAUUCAAAUUGAGUAUUUAUUACUAAGUGAAUUUGCUGAUAAUAUAUUUAGUAGGAUAUCAAAUAAAAGUUUAACUUAGUUUCAAAUGGAUACAUAUAUAUUAUGAAAUUUUUAAAUUAAACUGUAUUAUUAUUUUUUGCACAAAUCCCUUUUUAAUAAAAACAAAGUUACUAUUUAUUUACCAGCAUAUGUUUAGUAAAUCUUACACACAACGUUGAACAGUAGGUACUGCUUAAAGACUGGCAGAAGAUCUGUUUAUAUUCCAGUCUGGUUACCAUACAUGUUUGUAUGUAUGUUACUUCAUGCCAAAAUAAAAAUUACAUUAAAAUCUUACACACGAUGUUUUAUUUAAAAACCAAAAAUUAAUUACGAUUGAUUUUCUUUCAAUAAUGUUUAUAAAAGUUGUAGGAAUAAAUCAUCGAUUUUUUAAUAUAAAUAAUCGCAUACAAAUUAAUUUAAAAAAAUUACAAGGGUAGUCAUACCCAACGCCUCCCUAAGAGAAUUUUUUUGUUGAUAAGAAUAGUUUCCUAUUAAUAGGUAUUGUAUAAGGGUCGAAUAGGAAAAAAUCAGAGCACAACGUCCAUAUAACGAUGACUGUUGGACUCGCUGAAUUUAGAGUGAAAGAUCUGCAGUCUUUCGACCUUUAUGGUCUCCGGCUAAGUCACCUGUGCUGAUUUACUUAUCCUACCCCUGGCAAUAAUUACUAUGCCUUGAUACCGUAAUACAAACAUACAACGAAAAUGGAAAAUAAAUACCGCUGUAACGAUGCACAUUACGAUAUCUAUGAGAUGAUUUUCCAAACAACCUAACGUCAAGGACAGAGUUGGAAUACCAGAAACUUGCAGUUCAAGUGAAACCUAACAGAUGGCGCUUUGGUCAGUUGUCAACACUUUUUGCACCCGGUUCGUGUGACGGAUGUCAGUUCACACGGACCCAACUGUUUUUCAACAAGAAUGUCGGCUAUAAAACCGCUGCAUUUUUCAAUCGUCAGGUGGCUCAAUUCCAAAUGGUGUUAUCAAUUGUGAGCCUGAAAACCAAGACUAACCCAUAGAGAAAUCUCAGUGAGAUAUUAUAAGUAAGUUUACCUGUUUCUUAUAUGCCAGGCCGUAUUGUAUUAGACUUUAAUAACAGAGUUCAUACCACUGUAAAUCCUGUAUUUCUCCUCUAGAGCCCAAUGGAAAGCCUGCUCUGUCUCUCUGUAGGACAGAAAACCCUGCCUGACCUGAUCGAAGACUAUGAAGUAAUAAUUGUGUUCGAAGUCCCUUGGUAGAGUACUUAAACUUCUUCCACUUCCCAUCGUAAUGGAAAACAGCUGAAAUAAUCAUGGUGAAGAAACCAAAUAAGCCAGCAGACCAGCCGCAGAGUUAUCG